UCCGUCGGGGCCGGCGGCGACAUGGCCUCCAGAAUUCCUCCCUUAGCCAUUUCUGUGGAGUCAGAUGCCUCUCCUAGGAAAAAUACAUCAGAGGCUGCAACAAGUCCUCUUGUAAAUGGUGAAAAGAGUAUAUUCCAGGAUCAGGUUAGAGGAUACAGUGUACUUGGAAGUCCUUUGAGGAGAGAAGUUGGGAACAGAUCUAUUACUAGAUCCUUCUGCAUUGAUGACGCUGACUUGGAAGAUGGUAAGGUGCCAAAAGACAGAGAUAGGCCUUCACACUUCCUCAGUCUCCCAAAGAUACAGAAUCAGGCACUUGUAUCUGGUCUUGCUUACUGCAUAUCAUCCUGCAGCAUGAUUCUAGUUAAUAAAUAUAUCUUAUCUGGCUAUGGUUUCGGUGCUGGAAUAUUUCUGAUGCUUUACCAGAACAUUGUAUCUGUGACCAUUGUGUCCACUCUAUCCCUCUCUGGUGUUAUCCCAACUGAACCACUAACUUGGAAGCUUAUUAAAGUUUGGUUGCCUGUGAAUAUCAUCUUUGUCGGAAUGCUAAUUACAAGCAUGUUUAGUUUGAAGUACAUUAAUGUUGCAAUGCUGACUAUAUUGAAGAAUGUUGCCAAUGUGAUCACUGCUUCUGGGGAAACCUACUUCUUUAAAAAGCAGCAUGAUAGACAAGUUUGGAUUUCUCUCACAUUGAUGAUAAUUUCAGCAAUUGCAGGAGGAAUAACAGAUCUGUCUUUUCACGCGGUUGGUUAUACGUGGCAGAUCUUGAACUGCUUUCUAACGGCAUCAUAUUCGCUUACAUUGCGGCAUGUAAUGGACAGUGCUAAGCAAGCCACCAAAUCCGGGAAUUUGAACGAGUUAUCAAUGGUUUUACUGAAUAAUAUUCUUUCAGUGCCACUGGGAAUUAUCCUUGUGCUUGGUUUUAAUGAAGUGGAUUACCUUUUGGAAACCCCUCUCCUAAGGAUGCCCAUGUUUUGGAUAGUCAUUACUUCUAGUGGAAUUUUGGGCCUUGCUAUCAGCUUUACUUCUAUGUGGUUUCUUCACCAGACAAGUGCCACAACAUAUAGCCUUGUGGGCUCCCUUAAUAAGAUCCCUCUCUCUAUUGCUGGAAUCCUUCUCUUCAAAGUGCGGACGAGCAUGGAGAAUUCUUUCAGCAUUCUGUUUGGUCUAUUGGCAGGAGUAUUUUUCGCCAGUGCCAAGUUACGCAACAACUCUCACUCAUAGUCGUAGGCCAAGCUUUAUAGAUUACACACGGCAGACUUGUUCUAAUCGACCAGAACAGGAUGGUCCCUCCCUCAGAUGAAAUUCCUGGGAAAUUUGUGCAGAUGUAAAGAUCCUCCAGUUAACAAGGCAAGAGAUUGACAACACAGUUGUUACUAUGGGGCCAUCGAGCUGCAGUUAUUUUUUUCGUCGAAAUCGGCAUGGACCCCUUGUUGCUCUUGUGGUGGUAUACGUCCUCACUUGCACUUUAAGAUCAAAAGUCAGAUACUACUCAAAUGCAGGCAGUUUAGGAAAAACGAUGGUGGAUCGACACAUUUGUAAUUUUUGUGAUUUGUGGCGGCUGCGUGGAAACGGGACUGGUGUUUUUCAGUGCUGCACGGAUGCUGCUGUGUUGGGCAUACUGUAUAUACUUGUGCAGUUUAAUUUUGUGGUGUUCUGUGUCUUGUAUUCUUCUUCCACACUUGAGUCUGUAGGACUCAGGGCAUUCCAGUUUUUGGGUCCUGUUAGAAGGAAAAUGCUCAACCUCCACAUGUGCAGAAUUCUUGGAAUACAGUGAUAGUGCAGAAUUUGGACUGAUCUGCUUCGUCAGGAAUUUCCUCUGAUCCAUGCUAUUAUUGACCUGGUAUUUCUGCUUUGCAAAUUUACUGUUACUUACAUUUGAAAAUCUCAAGACCCUGGAGUUAAAGCAGAAUUGCAGAAAUGAACAGAAAGCUAGAGGAUUUAAGCUUAAACAGAGAAUUAACACUCGUCGGUUACGGGAUACACGGCAGCACGUAUGUACAACACUAAUUCACAUGUAGUGAAAAUGAUUCGGUAAA